AUGCAUCGUCUGGUCCUGCCGUUGCGGCCAACCUCGGCUAGACGCCCCCAGAUGUGUAGCAUCUGCAGCAUACUUUCUACGAGGCAUUCUUUUGCUACUCUUUCAACGGCGGCCACGGUUGCGGGAGCAGCCGGGACUUGCUAUCGGGCGCCCGCACGCUCGUCCAAGUCACGGGACUUGAACUCCCACUCCCCGGCAACCUUUCCACGAGGCAUUAACUCUAGCAGAUUCACAACAACCAGCACCUACAGAUUCCGCACUACUACCAGUCUGUCAGGGAUUGGUAGUCAUGGCCAAAGGCAAAAUCUCCCGUCAAGAUGGGCCACUAAUGACGAUCAAGAUGGUAACCGAGGGAACAGGAGUACGAAAACCGAAGGGGGGCUUACACUGGACAAAGUUAUCGCCCCUGUCUUGCACUUCAAAAGCCUCUUCCUGAGCCAUACCGGGAUUCCUACUGAGGAAUCAGUUAUGUCUGUGCUCCGAGCGUGUGAAAGAGCCUCAGGUCUGCUGAAAAACUCGAUUCGCCCACCUCAGCACGCCAAUUUGGUCGAGUCAAAGCCGGCCCCGUCUGUGUCGGAGGCGCUCCUGUCAUUUGAUGGUUCCUCCUCCUCUGACGUUAUGGCUGGCUCGAGAUCCAAGGGGGAUGCCGGUCUUGGCACUGCCACCGAGCCCACCUCAGCUCUCACUGCCCGCCGUCUUCCGCAGACACCAGGUCAUUCCCCGUCGCCUGAUUCAGCCCGGGCGGAUUCAGCCGGUGAUUUUGCCCGCCAGCACAAGAGGGCUAUGGAUACCAUUUGGGAUGCGGCUUAUGCCAUAAUAGCGCACCCAAAUGCACCUAUCUCCCGAGAGGUGCUCAGCCAAUACAUUCGGGUUCAAGCACGUCUUGGCAGACCCGAAACACUACCGCAUGUACUCUCCAUGUACGCGUCAAAGCCUGUGCCCCAGAAGUCGGGCACCGAAGGGUCAAUCAAAUAUGUCAAACAGAACCCACACAUGCCGGCUCGUGCUGUAGAUCCUGAUAUUGCCGAGGCCGCCCUCGAUGUUGCCAUCGAAGCCAAGAACCUGGAUGCGGCUGUGGGGAUCAUCGAGAGCACUUACUCUACCAAGGCGUUUACUCGAUCGAAACUUCUCCAGAAAGCUUUUUUGCCCGCAAGCUGCCUGGCUUCGCUUCCCGUCGUCAUCUAUGUCUUAGCAUCCAAGAUGUCAACCUUACAGAACACAAUGGACGGCUCAAAAGCCACUACUAUAGCCUUUGCCGGCAUCAUCACAUACAUUGGCUUUACCGGCAUCAUUGGUAUGAUCGCAACGGCUACAGGUAAUGACCAAAUGAAACGGGUAACGUGGACUCCAGGAACCUCAAUGUAUCAACGUUGGGCACGAGAGGAGGAGCGUGCGGCCCUUGACAAGGUUGCAUGUUCGUUUGGUUUUUCCCAACCAUCGCGCUGGGGUGAGGAGGAAGGCGAAGAGUUCGCAGCUCUCCGAGAGUAUGUCAUGAGAAAGGGAAUGAUGCUUGACAGGGUCGAGUUGAUUGAGGGGUUUGGAGCCUAA